UCACGAUACUUGACAUGUGCUUUACGGCAGGCUGUGGUCACACGUGUUGUCAUCGCGUGGAGUAAAUAGCUGCAGCUCAACGAGGAAAGUUAGGACAUGUCUUUCAGAGGAGGCGGAGGACGAGGCGGCAGAGGAGGAGGAGGUUUUAACCGAGGUGGAGGAGGCAGAGGAGGGUUCGGUGGAGGCAGAGGUGGCGGAGGGUUCGGUGGAGGCAGAGGUGGCGGAGGUUACGGACGCGGUGGAGGCAGAGGAGGCUUCAACAGGCAGCAGGACUACGGUCCUCCAGAACAUGUAGUCGCCGUGGGAGAGUUCAUGCAUCCAUGUGAAGACGAUAUUGUGUGUAAGUGCACCACAGAGGAAAGCAAGGUUCCCUACUUCAAUGCCCCUGUGUACCUGGAGAACAAGGAGCAGAUCGGGAAGGUGGAUGAGAUAUUCGGCCAGCUCCGAGACUUUUAUUUUUCAGUCAAACUCUCAGACAAUAUGAAGGCGUCUUCGUUUAAGAAACUUCAGAAGUUUUAUAUAGAUCCAAUGAAGCUUCUCCCACUGCAGAGAUUUCUUCCAAGACCGCCAGGAGAGAAGGGGCCGCCGAGAGGAGGCCGAGGAGGUAGAGGUGGUGGCCGUGGAGGUGGAUUUCGAGGUGGCCGUGGUGGAGGAUUUGGAGGCGGUGGCCGUGGUGGAGGAUUCGGACGUGGUGGAGGAUUUGGAGGUGGUGGACGUGGUGGAGGAGGUUUCAGAGGAAGAGGAGGCAGUGGUGGACGUGGAUUCAGAGGUGGGAGGUGAUCUGGUCUUUUCAUCCCUGUCUACACCUGCUUCAGAAAAAAGACAGCAUUCAAUGCCAGUGUCUGUCCUGUUGGAGGCAAUGUCGAUAUACUGAGUCUAUUUGUAGAACUUGGGGCUUUUCACAUUUUGUUAUUUUUGUACCAGUUUUGAAGAUAUGAUGAAUCAUCAUGAUCGUUAUUUAAAAGGUGUAACAUAGCUGGGACCUUUUCUGCCUGUUCUGAAGGGUUCUACGCUCCCUCUGCCAACAGGCACAUCAUUAUCCCGGUGCUGAUUGUGUUGUUCAUGAUUUCAGGAGACACAUUCACAAAUUUCCCUGAAUUACUUUUGUCGAAUGUGGGAAACUGUGAUGGAAAGUGAACUUUGAGUGGUUAAAACAUUUUAAUGCUUAUGAUUUGUAAUAUCUUAAACCAAAUGUUGUAACAUUUUUGUUAAAGUCCUUGAUUAAAAGGUGCUUUGUAACUGUG